AUGAUUUAUCUUGGUCUCAUUUGGUUUUCAGCAUUGGUAGCAAAGACUGAUAACCUUCAGAAGAUACCAUUUACUUGGCAUGUCAUGCUAAGUAAGGAGUACAGAAUGCAAGUCAAAGAUGUGAAGAAAUAUGACUUCAUUCACAUGAUUCAGAUGAUUUACUUCGUUGACGACCCGACAGAAACCAUCAAAUUCUACCACAGCCUUCUGAAUAAGAAUGGCAUGCUUAUGAUCAUUGUAGAAAAAGCCACCGAGGGUUGGGACAUUCUCUGGAGGACUUUCUCAAAGGAGCUGUGCUCUGAGGCCCUCCCCGUGUAUCGUUCAUCCAAAGAGGUCGUCGCCUCUGUGAAGACUCUGGGUCUGAAAUACGAGGAGCAUUCCAUCCCCAACACCUUUGACAUCACCGAGUGCUUUGAACCAAACAGCGAGACCGGACAGCGUGUGCUUCGUUUCAUGAUCGACACCGAUUUCACGUUGUUCACGCCACAAAUAAGAGCUGACAUACUAAACCUUCUCAGGAGCAAGUGUAGCACUGAAAAGGAGGGCAAGAUACAUUUCAACAGUUGUUUGAGCUGUGUAUUUGUUCAUGCUUGAGCCCGUCUCCGGGAGAGAUAAGCAUCAUUAAUCAACUCACUUGAUGAGUAAACUGACCUGUUGUUCAGAAACCCAAUUAUAAUCAAUUUAAAUUGUUCAAUUCAAUCUGUUGAGCUAAACUCAACCAUAUUUUGCACAAAAUUAGUACUACCAGAAAAUUUGUACUACCAGAAAAUCUUUGUGUGUGUAAUCGAAUUGCUCUGUGUCACAAAGCCAGUUAUUUUGGUGUAAAAUCAACCAAUGUUUUUCAGGACAAUUGUGGUUUAGGUGCUCAUAUAUAGUGGGAA